AUGAAAGAGAAGAGUUAUGUAGAUGAAUUAAAGAUACUUGAAGAAUUUAAAGGAACUCGAAAUGAUUGGUUUGUAAAAGAACAGAAGAAGAGGGGCAGGAAAGCUACUCCUAAAGUACAAACAGAAGAGGGUUCGUCUUCUCAACCCAAAAAGCGUCAAAAGAAAGUUGCUAAAACUUUGCUUGUUGAUGAACCAGAUGAAGAAGAACUUGAAGUAGAAACUGAAGCUGAAAAUGUAGCUGAAGCUGAAACUGAAGUGAAUGUGGGAGUUGAUAAAGAUAAGGCAGCUGGUGAGAAAGAAGGUGAUGAUGGUGACAAAGAUUCUUCAAGUUCAUCCGAUGAGGAAAUUGAUGAGACAGAGCGAGAAAAGAGAAUUCAAGCUGAUAUUGCUAAAGAAAAACAGCUGAGAAAAAGGAAAAGACAGGAGAAAGAGGAUGAGGUGUAUGUUCCAUCACAUGAGGAAGUAAUAGAGUCUCAAACGCCUCCGUCUGGUGGAAGAAAGAAAGCUGGUGCAAGAAAGAAAGUUGUUACUCCAAAGAUGAAAAAGACAUUGAAUAUAUUGGUGAACAAGAAACCUAUCCAAGAACCCAGUUAA